AUGGCAGCAUCCCAGCACAUGCGGCUGCCCAUGCCCAUGCCGAUGCCCGCCCCGGCCCCGGCCCCGGCCGCAUCCUCAUCCUCGGCAUCCACACCACCAUCACCGGCCAGCAAUCACAGAUACCAUGAUGCCCGUGACGAGGAUGAGGAGGACGAUGAGGACGACGACAUGCAGGAUGACAAUGACGACGACGACGACGAGGACACCGAGGCACUGGAGGCACUGCUCUCGGGGCGGCCCAAGAUGGUGAGCAAGGGCACACAGAUUGGCGGCGUGGACCAGGCCACGCAGACGGACCUGCCGUGUCUGCGAUGCCUUCACGGCCCGCCCCAGCACCAUCUUCCUCCCGGCCAGGUCUAUCACCCGCAGUACUAUCCAAACUACUACCAGCAGCCAUACCCUUAUCCCCCACCUCCGCCCCCGGUCCUCGUCCAGCACCCGCCGCCCAAUCCACGCCAGCCUCCGUACCCUGCGGCUCCUCCUCCGGUAUUGCAACCUGCAUCUCAGCCUCAUCUUCAGCCUCAACCUCAUCCUCAGGUUCAGCCUCAACCUCAUCCUCAGGUUCAACCACCACCGGCGACCAACCAAGGCCAUGUGCGCCCCGACUGGCGCCACUAUCAGCCCCCAGCACCAGUCCAGCCGGCCGUCCAGCCGGCCGUCCAGCCACCCGGCCCUCCUCAGCCAUCUACUCACCACCAUCACCACCACCUUCCAGGCCCUCCUGCUCCUCCUCCUCCUUCCGCUCACCAGCAGCCUCUCCCCUCUAUCCAUGACCGGCCUCCCCGACCUCCGCAGGACCCUUCCACUCUGCCUGUAGCCAUCGUUCAGCCCGCCCGCCGCGGCAGACCACCCAAGGCCGCCGAGUACGUCCCUCCGCGAGCUGUGCGGGCCCCGUCCCCUCUCCCCGGCCCGCCCUCCUGGGACAAGAUGGUCCUGCGCCGGGCCUGGCCCAACCUCGAGGACGCCGAGAACGACAUCAAGAACUUUGCCGAGUUCCUCGGCUUCGCCCUCAUCCGCCGCCGCUCCGGCAACCGGGACCCGGACACGGGCCGGCCCACCCGCAUCCACUACUGCUGCCACCUCGACGCCGCGCGGAAGCCCCCGAUCGACCCGGCCGACCGCAAGCGCAAGCGCGAGUCGGCCUUUAGCGUGGCCAAACGCCAGGACGCCUGCCCCUGGCAGAUCUGCCUCAAGUGGAACAAGCGCCGGGGCAACCAGCCGCACCUGUUCCAGCAGUGGCACCUGGUCUGGACCGGCAGCGAGGACAACCCCGUCUCCUGCCAGCACAACCACGAGAUGGACCCGGACCCGGCCAACAUACCCGCCAACCGCCGCCGGCACAUGACGCAGGAGAUCCGCGACGAGGUCGCCGCCCUGCUCGAGGCCGGCGGCAUGUCGAGCAGCGGCAUCUGCGAGGUCAUGCAGAAGCGACACCCCAGGAUCGCCUUUAACAAGUCCAUGAUUGAUAACAUGCGGCGCACGGAGAUCCUCAGGCGGCAGGAGGCGGGCAAGGUGGCGGCGGCUACCAGGGAGGGACAGCAGCAGCAGCAGCAGCAGGCGGCCGCAGCAGGGGGGAUGCGGAGGGAGAUGACGAUGAUGGUGUUGAGGAUGAGGAUGAUGGCGGUGGGGGUGCGGGAGAGCAGCUCCAAGCAGAGGCUUCCAGGACUCGAUGAUACGGGAAAGUCGCUCACAAGGGGACGAUGA